AUGCUCGAUCCUACUUUCUACUCGCGGGCUGUUGAGAACCCACCUCGGAGGAGGCAUUGGUCGGCUGUCGGCGCGGGCCUCGUGGUCCUCCUCGUGACGGCCGCCGUGAGCUUGACCAGCCGCUCUGCCUCUCCGCAACGACUCUUCAUGAGCGACAUGAUCGGCUGUUUUGCAGGGUUUCUUGAAGCACAACCAGGCGACGGGCCGGCGUUGCACUCAGUGCUGGGCCUGCCGGGCCACAUGCACGGCUGUCUCUUUGGCGGCGGCAGCGGCGGCGAGGCUCAGCCGAGCUGCCCGUCCAAGGAGGACCUGUGGUCGAUGGUGCAGCUCUACCACGGCAAGGGCGAGACGGUGCCGGUGACGGCGGAGGCGUGGGCGGGUGCGACGUGGUCGCUCGUGUCUGCAAAGGGCGUCGACGUGUCCGAGUCGACGUACAAGGCGGCCGCCAAGCUCCAGUUCGCCUCGCCCGCCUUCGAGAAGGACGGCGACGCCUUCACCGACGCCGGCGGGCUGGCGGCGUGCGACGCGCUGCUGAAGACGGUGCUCUGCAAGGACGUGGCGGCCGCCGAGCGCAGCCUGCCUGGCGGGGACGGCAUGACCGAGGAGCAGAAGGCGGCGGUGGAGGAGAAGCUCGAGAUGGCGCAGUACUUUGGCGAGAACCCCGACAGCCCGCUCAAGGCGAUGGUGGAGCAGGCGAUCGAGGACGGCGUCGCUCCUGCGGACGCCUUCGGCGCGGCGCUCCCGGCCUACGAGGCGAUGCUGGACGGCGCGACCGAGGAGGAGAUGCAGGCGGCUUUGGACGCGGCGCUGGCGGAGAAGGCGGCGGAGCCGGAGGCUCGCUCGGUGGCGUCGUCCGAGCCGAGCUGCCCGUCCAAGGAGGACCUGUGGUCGAUGGUGCAGCUCUACCACGGCAAGGGCGAGACGGUGCCGGUGACGGCGGAGGCGUGGGCGGGUGCGACGUGGUCGCUCGUGUCUGCAAAGGGCGUCGACGUGUCCGAGUCGACAUACAAGGCGGCCGCCAAGCUUCAGUUCACCUCGCCCGCCUUCGAGAAGGACGGCGACGCCUUCACCGACGCCGGCGGGCUGGCGGCGUGCGACGCGCUGCUGAAGACGGUGCUCUGCAAGGACGUGGCGGCCGCCGAGCGCAGCCUGCCUGGCGGGGACGGCAUGACCGAGGAGCAGAAGGCGGCGGUGGAGGAGAAGCUCGAGAUGGCGCAGUACUUUGGCGAGACCCCCGACAGCCCGCUCAAGGCGAUGGUGGAGCAGGCGAUCGAGGACGGCGUCGCUCCUGCGAUCGCCUUCGACGCGGCGCUCCCGGCCUACGAGGCGAUGCUGGACGGCGCGACCGAGGAGGUGAUCAAAGAGCAGCGCCGCAGCCUCUUCAAACACGCCGCUGAGCAGGUGCUUGGACUCGAAGAUGAUCCGCGCCGGCGCUACGUCGGCUGCGAGGGGCAUUUUGCGGAGCACGUCAACGUCGCUUCCCUCGGCGUCAAUGACAACGAGCGUUGGAGAGGCGCGGCCGAGCAUUGUCGGCAGGUCGGAGAGGUGGUAGCAAGGGACGGUUAG